AUGGACAUCCUUCCAGAUGUUGUGCGAGCCUAUAAAAGCCUUGAGACCGAGAAAACUGCUUUACAAAAUGCGUUGAAUUCCUUGUCUCCGGAAGGUGCUGGUGAUCAACAGCUCGUUUCUGCGACUGACGAUACAACAGUUGAAAGUCUCAAGGCUGCUAUAGCCACACUUACUCGAGAAAACUCGAAAAAAGAGGCAGCAUUUCAGAAUGAUAAGAAGACGUUACUAAAUGAGAACGCUACCCUCAAAGAUCAGCUCAAAAAGGCGAACGAUAGCUUGGCCAGUGCAGAAAAGAAUCUCAAGAGCUUGCAAGCCAAGCUACAGCAGGUUGAUGUAGACCGGGAGAGAGAGCUUGUUGAUCAUGGCAAAGUUUUAGCCGAAAUGCAGGCGAGAUACGCCAAGGAGCAUCAAUCACUCGAGGCUACAUCCAAAGAAACAACGGCGCUCAACAAGAAAAUCAGUCAGAAAGAUGAAUUGAUCAAUCAGCUCAAAUCACGUGAGGCUCAGCUGAUUUGCCAAGUUUCAACACUGAAUAACGAGGUCAAAGAGCUCACAGAGAAGGCCUAUCAUGUUCCUUCUGUUCAGAUUCUGAAAGACGAGUUGGCUAAUUGA